AUCUCUAACAAAGGAAGCCAACCCAAGUAUUUCAAAUUAGUAAUGAAGCCUUCAUCAAGAUCAUCCGAAGGAAAACGAUUCAUUCUCUCAUAUCUCUUCUUAAUCCUGUUCCUUUGUGCAUUAGCUUCCAUCAAUGAAGUUAGAUUCGACAGCUUUUUGAAGUUUGGCAGAUGUGCUCUUUCCAAUGUCCCUCCUCAAUUCUACAACUCCUCUUCACAUUCCGUUGCAUCAAAUUCUUCAUCCGAUGACAUUCGUAUUCUCAUCGGAAUCCUAACACUUCCUGAUCAAUACCAACGUCGCCAUUUCCUCCGCCUCAUAUACGGCACGCAGUCUGUGGCUGGCGUACAAGUUGAUGUGAGGUUCGUUUUUUGCAACCUAACAAAGGAAGACCAGAAGGUGUUGGUUGCACUUGAGAUAAUGCGAUAUGAUGAUAUUAUCAUCCUCAAUUGCCAAGAGAACAUGAACAAAGGCAAGACUUACACUUUCUUUUCGAGCUUACCGGAGAUUUUCAACUCCUCGGAUAGGCCUUACCCUCCUUACCAUUACGUGAUGAAAGGAGACGAUGAUACAUACUUAAGAUUGGAAAACUUGGUGGAGUCUUUAAGGCCAUUGCCGAGAGAAGAUUUGUAUUAUGGGUAUGUUAUUCCAUGCCCCAGCAUGGACCCUUUUGUUCAUUACAUGUCUGGCAUGGGAUAUUUGGUUUCAUGGGAUAUUGCUGAAUGGAUUAGGGAAUCAGAUAUUCCAAGAAAUCACUUGGAAGGCCCCGAGGAUAAGGUUUUCGGAGAAUGGAUCCGCGAUGGGCACCGGGCUAAAAACAGGUUCAAUGCCAAAUGGUCUAUGUACAAUUAUCCUGACCCGCCCACCAGGUGCACGCAUGAGCUCUGGCCAGACACAAUCGCUGUGCAUUUGUUGAAGAAUCAAGAAAAGUGGAUUCACACCUUGAAAUACUUCAAUGUCACCAGUCAUUUGAAACCGUCUAAAUUAUAUCACAUACCAUAAUUAGCUAGGUAACUCUACACUUUUUUGUAUUCUUUGGAUAUGUGAUCAGAUUUUAGACCCCACACACAAAAAUUAAUUUUGUUGAUUCACUUGUCCGGUUUCGGUAAGGUAAGAUUUUCAAUUGUAAUGAUGAGGGUGAAGUAAUUCAAUGGAUACAUUUGAAGUUCCAACACAAAAAUGGAUUAGCAUUGUAUUGUAAAUGUGUACUAUCCUUAUAUU